CAAGUCACGCGCGUGCGCGGUCGGACCGGCCAAGAUGGCGGCCUCCGUGUGGCGCCGAGUCCAGGCGGCGGCGGGUCGGCAGUUGCGGUUACCCCGCCCCCACAGCAGGAGCUCCGGCAGCUCGGUCGGGGCGGCACCGGUUGCGGAUGGCAGCGAGGAGCCAGGGCAUUAUGCACUGGUGGAGUUCUCUGGUAAGGAAAGUAUAGAAGCAGUCCAACGUGCUUCCACCAUCCCAGGCCUCCAGCACGAAUGUGCUGUUCCGUUCAAAUCCAGAUUUUUCAAUUUGAGGAAUAACCAUCUUGGAUCGCAGACUGCCAUUCAUCCUUCCGUGCUUCGGCUUAAACAGUCUGUCAUCUCUCUUAAUGAACUCUUACAGAACAUCUCUGGAGCCGAGAGUAUAGAUGAACAAUUAUACACGGUCCUCGAGGAGAUGCAGCUUACCGAAGAGAAUACACGUCUUCGAUUUCUCGUGUGUUCCCUACUAAAUGAAAUUGCGGCAGCUUACUUUCCAGAAUGUUCGAUCAGACCUUUUGGGUCAACUGUAAAUAAUUUUGGCAAGAUGGGCUGUGACCUCGACAUGUUUCUGGAUCUGGACGGCAUUAGUGGAAGAAAUAAAACUAAGCCAGGCGGUGCCUUCUCCGUGGAGUACCAAACGAAAAGGGUGGCAUCAGAGCGGGUGGCAACGCAAAGCAUCCUUUCGGUGAUAGGGGAGUGCAUUGAUCAAUUUGCCCCAGGAUGUACAGGAAUGCAGAAGAUACUCAAUGCUAGGUGCCCGUUGGUGCGAUUUUCUCAUCAGCCUUCAGGAUUUCAAUGUGACCUCACUGCCAAUAAUAGAAUUGCAAUGAGAAGCACCGAGCUCCUUUAUAUUUAUUCUACUCUUGACCCUCGGGUACGGGCCCUGGUGUUCGGUAUUCGAUGUUGGGCUCGUGUUCAGGGUAUCACCAGUAGUGUGCCUGGCGCUUGGAUCACUAAUUUCUCCUUGACCAUGAUGGUUCUUUUCCUGCUGCAGAGGAGAAAUCCACCAAUUAUACCAACACUGGAUCAGCUAAAAGCCCAAGCAGCAGAGAAAGAUGUGCAUAUUAUUGAAAGUCAUGACUGCACCUUUGCUUCUGAUUAUAAAAUGAAGUCUUCCCAAAAUACCGAGACUCUGGAGGAUCUCCUCCAAGAAUUCUUUGAAUUUUAUGGUUCCUUUGCUUUUAAUAAAAUGUCCAUCAAUAUCAGAAAGGGUAAAGAACAAAACAAGCCUGAGCCAUCACCGCUGCACAUCCAGAAUCCAUUUGAACAAGCGCUAAAUGUUAGCAAGAACGUUAAUCAAACCCAACUGGAUAGGUUUGUGCGAGCAGCUCGGGAGAGCGCCUGGAUCUUGCAGCAGGAAGGCCUCAAACACCCAAAGGCCGAACCUUGGGGAUUUUCUGCUCUGCUUCUUCCUAACUCUCAAACCUCGAUGGGAAAGAGCAAAAAGAGGAGGAGACAGCCAGCUAGCGAGAGGAUUAAAAACUUGUUGGAUUCACUGAAGGCAAACAAGCAAUCCACUGACAAUUUAAGCAGGCCAAAUGGCCAUCAAAAAAUUAUUCCCAUUGUGCGAUAGCAACCCCUUGUAUAAAUAGAGUUGUGUCUGAGGAAACAUUGUUCACUUGA